CAAGUCGCGUCUUUUUGCAUUUUACGUAAUAAUAUCAUCUUUACUUACCGCGCCACAUUCUUUUUUUUCCAAAUUUAGAUCUUUGGAUCAAAAGAAGCGCCGCAUUUGAGUGAAGCGAGUAUAAUGUCAGAAAUUUCUCUUCCUGGUACAAAGAAUUCUCUACACGUCCUUCACGAUAUUCAAACCAAACUAAACAAAUCUCCAAACACCACUGAUAAUAAACUAUUGGACUUAAAAAAUGCGGCCCCAUGGGUAAUGGCGUGUAUGGUCCCAUUGCCAGAUUUUACCGUACCAAAAGAUGAAAAGGAUGAAACUUCAAAACAAUCAACUUUUAUUCAGAUGGUGAUAUCAUCAUCAAAUGAUAAUAUGGAUUUUAUAUUUGAUAAUCCCGCAAUGGAAGCGAUAGUUGACUUUAAAUGGUGUACAUAUGCUAAAAAAAUUAUUUACUUCCUUCUUGCUCUUUAUGGAUUUUACCAAUUAUGCUUUACGUAUUUAUGUUAUGCUUAUAUUGCACAUUUGUCUUCAAAUGAUUGGAAAUGGGUCUUUUUUUAUCCUUUUGCUUGUUGGAUAUUAUUAUUUGGCAUAUUUUUGUUGAUUUGUGAGGCUAGUCAAGGGAAACUUCUUAAAAAAAAUUAUUUCCGAAUUUAUAAUCUUUUUGAUCUGUUAAGUGGAAUUUUACCAUUACUUUCUACAACACUCUUAUUAGUAUUUUCAUAUUCUCAAUGGAAAUUAAACAAUAAUGGGUUCGAAAAUAUCAAAACUGAUUCAAUAGUACUGAUUUUAUUAUCCAUCACGAUGCUCACUUUAUGGAUUGAGUUGUUAAUGAGAAUGCGCUCCUUACAAAUUAUCGGAGAAUACGUGUUUUUAAUCAUUAAUCUAUCAAAGAGAAUUGCUCCUUUUCUAGGCACUAUGCUUGUUGUAAUCUGUGGGCUAGCCCACUCAAUGUUCAUCUUGUUAAGUCGUCCGAAUGAUAUAAAUCUUAUACCAGAUCAAAAUACUUACACUUUAUUAAAUACUGCAACACAAGAAAGUUAUACGUUAACACAAAACAUUGACGUAAAUAGUGAUAAUGAUAAUUUAUUCCAUAAUUUUUUUACGUCAAUAAAAGCUGUAUAUUUUUGGAUAAAUGGACAAUGGGAUCAAAUAGAUCAAUGGAAUUUUUGGCCUGUUGUUGGUUUAAGCAUAUUCGGUAGUUUAUUUUUGGUUAUUAUUAUGCAAAAUAUUUUAAUUGCUUUAAUGUCGGAUGUUGUCGAUGAAGCAAAAGAAAUUGGUAAAAGAGCAUUUCUUAAGUUACGAGCUGAAUUAAUUGCUGAAGUGGAAGUAUUUUUCUUAACUAAAAGACAAUUACAUGAUAAAGUUUUAUUUCCAAGACAUAUUUACUUUAUAAUUAAUUGUGAUGAAGCCAACCGUUGGUUAGAAAAAUGUAGACGAAGGAACAAUAUUGGCUAUUCAAAUUAUGGUGGAAAAGACAGAAGAGAAUCAAUUCAUUCCAACAACUCAACCAAAAAAGAUUAUGUGAAUAGUGAAAACAAUGAACCAUUUGGAAAUAAAAAUAGAUUAGCCGAGAUUGAGAAAAACAUUAACUUAUUGAUAGAAUUAGCUAAAAAUAAUCCUUAAUUUUAUAUGAUGUAUUUGAUUCAUUUGUAUCAAUUUGUUAUUCAAUUUUGUACAUUUUAUAAAAUGAUGAGAACUGCUAAAUAUCUUAAUUACACAAAUUUCAUAACUUUUAAGAUAUUUUCAAUAGAGCAGAAAGUACCCGAACAAAUCUUACACUCGAAGUUUGCUUAUUUCAG